GCGACUCCUCUCCAUCCGUCUCCUCUCUCGCCGGCGUUCUGCCGCACUGCAAAUUCGAAUUCGAACCCGAAUCCUCCCUCCCCCCUCCUCUCGGCGAGAGGAGGCUUUGUGAGGGCCGCCAGGAUCGACAGGAUGCAGAAGAAGCCUGAUGACGCCAUGGAGGAGGAGGCGGCGGCGGCUCCUGGGCCGGAGAUAGGGUUCUGGUUGGCAGCACGGCGGCGACUCGCCCCAGAAGACCCCUUCUUCGCUGCCGGGGACCUCGAGCGCGAGCUCCUGGCCAAGCACCUUGCCCUGGAUCUUUCUGAAGAUGACCGCAACCAGCUUGAGAAGAUGGAAGUAGCCAGCACGUGCACAGUGUUUUGUCCAAUUGCUGGUUGUGGUGCUCAUCUAGAUUGCCUGGAGGAGUUUGAGGACCACUAUGUCACUCGACAUACUGCUUCAUGCUCUGUAUGCUCGCGAGUUUAUCCAACUUCAAGGUUGCUGAGCAUCCAUGUUUCUGAGACGCACGACUCGUAUUUCCAAGCAAAAGUUGCCCGUGGUUUUCCAAUGUACGAGUGUUUGGUGGAGGGUUGUGGUAUGAAAUUGAAGAGUUACAAGAGCCGGCAGCAGCAUCUCAUCGAUAAGCAUCAGUUUCCCAAAUCAUUUGAGUUCUUCAAAAAGGCACGGGACUCCCAGCGUCAGCGGCAGAAGUCCCAGAGGAGGCAGACUGCUCACAAGGGUGAAGAGACAAGGGAUAAUUCGAUGGACGUCGACGGAAAAGGUGCAAGGCAAACAAACCGGAGGUACCGGCUGAAGCAACAUGAUCAUAGCGAACCGAAAGAGAACAAGCAGCAGCAUAAGGAGGCCCAGGAGGACGAAAUGGAGGUCGAGCAGAAGAUUGAUGAGCUCACCUCUGCUGUAUCGAGGUUGAGCACAGCAGAUUCUACGCCCUCAAGCGUCACCUUUGGCCACCGUCGCUCUCGUGGCCUUACGUUUGUUCCCAGGUCAAUCAGGCAGAAUAAGCAGGCGGCCCUCCCAGCUGGAAGCAACAAAUGACUAACCACUGUCAUUUGGCCUUUUGGUAGUUCCAGAAUCUGGCUUGGAGCUAUUAACUUUGUAUGAAAAAAUGAUCUUGGAUGUUAAAUGUACACGGAAGCUCAUGUUUCCACUGAUAUCCUUGGAUGACUCAGUGGCAAACGUUUUCUUGGCUAUAUAUAAUGGUGUUAUACUGCUUUGCAGAACGCAACGCAGUGGGC